AUGAGGGUCUCUCUUCCCCGUCGGCUCUCGGCCUCGCUCGCUGCAGGUCUUCCCCUCAAAUCUCACCGUGAUCCUUCCACAGGUUGGUUUAGACGUCUCUUGCACAAGUCCAAGCCCAGCUCGAUGGUGGAGAACAACCUCAACAGCAACUCCUCUACUUCAUCCUCACCUUCUUCAUCCUCUGCUGAGAGCUCCAGCUCUUCUCCCACCACGAGCUUGGCCAGGUCCAUCCCCCUGUCACCCAUCUCCGUGUCCGAUAUCAACGCCUCGGGCAGCGCCCGUUGGACCAAGAGUUACGAUGUUUGUAUCUGUCACAGCGAGGUGGACCUGGAGCUGGUGGAAGAGUUGGUGUCCUACUUGGAGAAUCAACCUGAAAGUUUCCGGUGCUUUCUCCAGCUGCGGGAUGCCGCCCCGGGAAGCGCGGUGGUGACGGAACUGUGCGACGCCGUGCAAAACAGUCACUGUUGGGUGAUGCUCAUCACCCCCGGCUUCCUUGGAGAUCCUUGGUGUAAGUAUCAGAUGCACCAAGCGUUGGCUGAAGCUCCCAUGGCCAACGGACGCACCAUCCCGGUGUUAAAGGACGUGGAGCGGAAGGAUUAUCCCAAGGAAUUACGGAAUCUCUACUACAUCUCCAUGAGGUUGAAGGAGAACAGCUUCAAGCAGAUCAGAGACACCGUCAUGCGUUAUCUCCAGGAGCUUUGCCGGAGCUCCACGAGCAGGAUGGAGUAG